AUGAAGUGCAAUGCAAUAGCCUGGUUAGACAGCAUUCCAUUUAGAAAUAACCAUGUGUGCUCAGCAGCUGGGACUUUCUUUAACACCCUAAACAAACCUGGAAAUACAAUCCAAAUUCAGCUUUGUAAGAUAUCUCCGGUGGCCAUGUCUGCCCCCCGGUCGUCUGUGUUUACAUUUGAGUCCACUGUGCAUUCCUCACAUGUGCUGCGCUGCCUGGACGAGCAGCGGAGCCGGGACGUGUUGUGCGAUGUCACAGUGGUGGUGGAGGGCCAGAGUUUCAGAGCCCACCGCUCAGUGCUCGCUUCGUGUAGCGAGUACUUCACGCAGAGUAUCUCUUCCUUCACGCAGCACGGAGCAGUUAUCACUCUGCCCCGAGAGGUGACAGUUGCUGGCUUUGAACCCUUGUUGAAGUUUGCCUACACGUCCAAACUACACUUUGGAAAAGACAACAUCUUAGAAAUACGAAACUCAGCUGCCGUUCUUGGCUUCAGAGACCUGGAUGGGGGAUGCUUUGAUUUUCUGCUCCCUAAGUUCCUCUCCACUACCAAAGGCUCUCCAUCAUUCAAGGAAAAGGCUUGCUGUAAGGAGAAGUGUGAGAAGCCGCCUUCAGAGGAAAACAGCACCACAGACUCUGACGAUGUAUUGUUGGAUGAAAAAGAAGUACAACCAGUUGCUGACUCAUCAUGCCACCAGGAAGUGGUUUGGGACUGUAACAAAUCAGUGAACAACAAAAUGGGAAGUCAGAACAGUACAGACACUAUUGCGUUAGUAGCUGAGGGGACAAAUGACAGUUUUAUGCAGUGUCCAAAGUAUCGCAAGUUCCAGCUAGCUUGUGGGAAGGACACUUGUGUCACAGAGAAGAGUCUGGCCAAAGCAGGAGGGAUCAGGGAUAACUGUGCCAUCUCCGACUUGCCAUGCUCCAGUAGCGCAAAGAGUAAGAAUGAAACUGAGGCUGAAAUCCUUGGAAAUUCAGCCUCAAGUGCCUGCAGACAGAGUACAGAAGGGGCUGAUGAGCAAUGGAAAAUUCGAAUGCAUGAUGUGAGGAGAGAGAACUGCAUGGGCAGAGCGAUAGCUGUUAUGGUUAAGAAGGACACAAAUGAAAGAGGGGGCAAAUGGAGUGAGAAAGCAGGAGAGAAUGAUAUUAAAAUGGAUGAAGGGCUAGAGGGUAGUAGUGUAAUCACCUCCUCAGACAUAUCCAGUGUCAAGGCAGACUCCUCAGAGUCAAGCGCGGUGCUGACUGAGAGGUCAUCAGGUUUAAUACUGCACUGUCGCCCUCUGAGGGCCGUGAAUGAGGGUCCAGUAAUCUGUAGAUCAAUGGGGCAGGAAGGGUUUUCUACGGACAAUGAAGAAGCAAGAGACCCUAUUGUACUAGGGCCAGUUUCCAGUCAACAAAGGGCAGAGGAAAAGGUAGAAGCGGAGGGGAAGAGGGCAGGUCAUACCUUUCAAGAAGAAAGAAAAGGAGGAGGCAACAAUGGCAGAGUAGCUUUGCCAGUAAAUAAUACCACUGUGGAGAAGGAAGUGGCUGAGAGCCUGGCAAUGCAGCUGGGCUCUGAUAUAUGCUCCUCUCGGCUCAACCUUCAGGACCCCAAGGCAGGAUGUUCCACCAAUACAGGGAGCCGAUACCUUCAGAGCACAUCUUUAGAGUGGCUCAAACAUCACACCACCUUCACCUCUGCAAAAACAAACUGUCCCCUUUUCCAGGAUCUGGACCAAAGGAAGUGUUUAUGGAAAGGAGAAGGGCUGUCAGAGUGUGAGGGGACAUCUCAGUCAGGUGUAUCGUCCUUUAACUCAGGGGAGGACGGAGACUCUGAGACAGAAACAGAAGAAGACAGUGAGUCCUCCACAAGAGAGAGGGCCAGGCAGGUGCAGUUGCCAUUCUCCGUAGACUGGAUAGUGGAUCUGAGCCGGAAUGACUUCCAGCUACUGCUGAAGCAACAUGUCUUUACACGUGAACAGCUGGACUUUGUCCAUGAUAUGAGACGACGCAGCAAAAACCGCCUUGCAGCUCAACGUUGCCGCAAGAGAAAACUAGAUUGCAUUUACAAUCUGCAGUGUGAAAUCAACAAGCUGAAGACAGAGAGGGAGAAACUGAUCGUGGAGAAGAGCCAGUUAAGCCAGCUAAAGCUGAAAACAUGUCACAAUGUUUCUGCUUUAUGCCAGAAGGUCUGCAGUGAAGCAAAUCUACAACCAGAGCAGCUGCAGGUGUUAGCCAAGUACACCUCCUCAGACUGCCCUUUGACCUCUCUUGUCCCUCGCAUAGACACUCUUCUUUCACAGCAUGGGUUGCCACUCCAGCCACAGGCAUCCACCUUGGCUUUUUCUCUGGGUCUUGAACAGUAUAUGACAUCCAUGGAAGCUCCAUUAAGCUCCAGCAGGGACAUGGUCGCUGGACAGCAUUCACUUUAGAUACAGAUCAAACACACUGAUAUGAUGGAAGGAUAAAUAUAGUGUAUCAUAGGAACCAUGGUUCCUGAGCUUUUCAUGUCAAACUGAUUUUUAAACCUUACUGUAAUCCUUAUCAUACAGUACAUACAUAUCACACAGUAUUGGGGGGGGGGCCUGUGCUACAAUAUGAAGCAAUGGCAAUGCCAAGUAUGAUUUAAUCAUAAUCCAAAAAAAUGCAUUUGCAGAUAGAAGGCCAUAAUCAGCUGCAGUUUUAUUAAUUACCUUUUGAUUUCAAAAUGUAUAUUGAAAGGUCGGGUAUGUGGUCCUUAUGUUUAAAAUGAUUAAUUUUGUUUUGCCAAAAAAUAAGAAGUCCUUGAUGGUUUUCUGUAGCCAAUCUUUUUUUUUUUUUUUUUUUUCCAGCAUUGCAAAUAAUUUACUAUAGUUGAAUGUCUGGGGAAGCAAACCAGCACAGUCAGGUAGACAUUUACAGUUCUAACUGGAACUGAACUGGAACAUAUAUCUGUAACACGCUUCACUGCCUGACUACCUCAGGGUUAUGUGUACAUACUUUACAAUACAGGUCUGAGGUGUGAACAGGGAAAAAAAAAAAUACCUCUUACAGACAGUGUUGGUUCUGCCCUUUCACUCAGAGUUCAACACAUGACAGCAUUUUGCACCAAAAACCACAUAACUCAACCAAAUAAGCCUUGACA